AUGAAUCUGGAUGAUUUGCAAAACUCCACCCUAUACGGAAACACAUCAGAGGCCCAGACUGUUCCACGCAGCCUAUGGGAGGUCAUCACCAUCGCAACUGUAUCAGCAGUUGUGAGCCUCAUAACAAUUGUAGGCAACAUUCUAGUGCUGCUCUCCUUCAAGGUGAACAGCCAGCUGAAGACUGUGAACAAUUACUAUCUACUGAGCUUAGCCUUUGCAGACCUAAUCAUUGGAGUAUUCUCAAUGAACCUGUACACUUCAUAUAUAUUAAUGGGUAGCUGGUCCUUGGGGAAUUUAGCUUGUGACCUCUGGUUAGCUCUGGACUAUGUGGCCAGCAAUGCAUCCGUAAUGAAUCUGCUGGUCAUCAGCUUUGACAGGUACUUCUCCAUCACAAGGCCACUAACAUACAGGGCAAAGAGGACCCCAAAACGUGCCGGCAUCAUGAUUGGCAUGGCAUGGCUGGUGUCAUUCAUCUUGUGGGCUCCGCCAAUUCUUUGCUGGCAAUACUUUGUGGGCGAGCGGACAGUGCCACCAAACGAGUGCCAAAUCCAGUUCUUCUCUGAACCGGUGAUCACCUUUGGCACAGCUAUAGCCGCUUUCUACAUCCCUGUGUCGGUGAUGACAAUUCUCUACUGCAGAAUAUACAAGGAGACGGAGAAACGCACCAAGGACCUGGCAGAGCUUCAAGGCCUAGCGUCAACACACAACCCUGACAUUUCCAGGCCCCCACGGACCAUGAUAAAAUCCUGCUUUGGCUUUGAUAACGACAGAGAAAGGACCCAAGCGUCAUGGUCCUCGUCAAACCAGAGCAACAUCACAAUGACCACAGUGUGCUCCUCCCGCGACACCUGGGCCAAGAACGAGCAGGUCACGUCCUUCAACAGCUACACUUCGUCCGAGGACGAGGAGAGGCCAGUCUCCGCAACAGCCUCGCAGGAGUCCUGCAAGAGCCAGACACUGCCAGGGCUGAACGACAACGGGAAGCUGACUGGCUACAGCGAUGACUGUUACUUCAGCCCGUCUCCGAGACGCAGCUCCCAGAAAGGCAGCAAGAAGGGCAUCUCCUACAAGUUCAAGCCACUCCCUAAGGAAGCGGGCCCUCAGCCAAGCGAAGUGGCCGACAACCAGACGCCCUUGCUCCUGUCCCCUUCCCCCAACCAGCUGCCACUCACCUCCUCCCCCUCUGCCACUGCCACCAAACCCAUGGACCCCAAUCUGAAGAUUCAGAUCACCAAAAGAAAGAGAAUGGUCCUUAUCAAGGAGAAGAAGGCAGCCCAGACCCUCAGUGCCAUCCUCUUGGCGUUCAUCCUCACCUGGACCCCGUAUAAUAUCAUGGUCCUUAUCUCCACCUUCUGCCCCAAGUGCGUCCCUAACACUCUCUGGCACUUGGGAUACUGGCUCUGCUACGUCAACAGCACCAUUAACCCCAUGUGCUACGCCCUGUGCAACAAGACUUUUCAGAAGACGUUCAAAAUGUUGCUCUUGUGCAAAUGGAGGAAGAACAGAGGGAAGGAGAAAUUGUACUGGUGUGGCCAAAACCCUGUCAUGAACAGUAAGCUGACAUGAAAAUUAGGCAUAAUGGUGUUGAACUGGGGAGUGUCUGAUAAGUUGACCUGACUUGAAGCCGAGUUGAAGAAUAUGGUGUACCUAUGUAUUUUGAUCAUGCUGUCAUCCUCAGUCAAAUUGACCUCUCAAAUGUAAAGAACAUUGUCUGGUUACAGUGGCAUUUCCAAAGUUUUCUGAGAGGUUAUAAGCUUGUAAUUACACCAUCUUGAGUUGUAUCCAUUUGUAGCACAAAACUGAAUAUAGUUGAUGUUUUGACGUCUUAAGGCCUGUACAUAUGGUGUGGUACUUACUAUUAUACAUUAUUUGUAUGUGUUUGUUUUCAUGAAGGUAGAAGUUCAGGUUUUCAUUCAUGUUGUUCAUUUGAAAAUUUGUUUGUUGGAUUUUCUUGUAUUUUAAGGGCUAUCUGACAUGUUUACACCACAAUGAACUGUUCCGUAUUUGAAAUUCUAAAACCUAAGUUCUAAGAUUGUGUCUUGACAUUUUAGGCACAAAUGAAUUUAUGUUAUCAAUAUAUUAUUUGUAUGGCACUGAAUGUAAGAAAUGUUAUUCCAAAUAUCGUUAAGAAAAGAUGUCAGAUUGAAAUGAUUGUGAGCAUAAAGGCAGGUGAAAACAUUACAGUACAAUACUUCACAAUCACAAACCACUCAAAUGUAACAAUAUAAUUCCAAGUUAUUGAAAAGUGUAACGAGUGCUUCAGAAUGUAUCUGUAUCAGUUGGCAGUUCAUCAACACAUUAUUGCUCUUGUAUUGUUUUUUCUCUUACAAGUGUAGCUGUCUGGCAUAGAAGAUUUAAAUUUGCUCAUGUGUUUUAGCCCAUUAUGUUCCGAACUUCAUAAUGAUCACCUUGUUAAGACCACAGACAUACUUCAAGAGGACUCCACUGAUAUGUGUAUUUAAUAUCAAGUUCUACUGAACAUGGGCUUUGAAUUAAGGGCUCGAGCCUUACAGCCAACGCAUUUUGAGUUUCUGUAUCAGUAGGUUGAACAAAUCUUUGGAGAGAAUCAAUCUCACCCAACCUUCUCACUUUUUCCUUUUUUUCUUUAAACAAACAAGUUAUUUUGUG